AUGGAAAACACAGACGGGGAAGGGGGCCCCCACGGGGGGCCCCCCGAAGAACCCAGUGCCCAUCAGCAGCAGCCCGAGCCACAGGACAAAGGUGAUUUCAAUACCGCCCCCAAGGUGGAGCUUUUGGGAAGGCAGCGCAGCGUCAAAUUUGGGGAUAGCACUCAACAAAUGGAUGACAGCAACAGCGUCGAGCGCAUCAACCGCAGCGGUAGCGACAGCUCGGAUACCCCCAAGCAGUCUGCAGUGGACUCUGCAUCAUCCACAGUAGACUCAGGCAACCGAGAGCCUCCUUCUUCUGGCUCUGCGGCAUUGCCUUGUGGCGACAUUACGGACAGCAGUCACAGCGCAGUUGGAAGCAGCACAGCAGAGGAUGGAUCUGCUCAGCUCCUCAGACGCCGUACGACCCGCCUGCAGCGCAUAGGUUCGCGGUGUUACGAGGGUACCACCAAGCCCAACCCUAAGCCAAUCGACGCGGCGUCUAAGGCUGCAGAGUCUGCUGCCUUGCUGAAAAAAUCCUCGAAGGCACACACUUCAGAGACUACAGCUCUUCCUAGUCCUCCCCACGCGCCGUCUAAGGACCUCAGUGGCUUCUACAUGAAGCUGCUGGGCGAGGAUUGGGAGGAGCAGCUGCAGGAGAUCAAUGCCCAGGAAGUUGAAAAUGUUUUUGACGGAGAGAGUGCGACCUGUAAGGACGGCGUAGACCUUGAAGGCUUAAAUAUUCCUAAAGCUGAGAAUUACCAGGGGAAGUUCAGGCAGCGCAUUAGAAGAAGAGACGCAAACCGGAACCAAGACUUAAGUGACCAGGUUGCGGAUGAUCUUCAAGUUGCAGAUGACGAGCCUCUCAUCUCAGCCGACGAAAUAGCGGAAAUCAGAGAGAGCGCGUGGAGGCCUGUGGGGGAGGCCAUUCCCCCUCUCAACACUCUUGGAUUGGGAUACCACCAAGCGUGGGAUGUUGGAAAGAAAGGAUGCCUGGCAGCGAAGGUCGACGUCAUUUGGACGCCGUCGUUGGCUUCGAACAGGCUAAGAUUCUUCGUCAUGGACGGUACUGAUCCAGAGUCGUUUCUUACGUAUUACAGCAAGUCGGAUCUGCAAGCAGCGCGAGGACUCUCUUCAGAAAAGUUGGGAUCUAUAAGCGCCUGGGAUCUGCGGGACGGCCACUGGACGUAUCCGAAAGCGAAGGUUUUUAUAAGGCGAUCGGACAAGCGCAACAGGGACUGUAUCUUGGAGAACUUCGCCUCAGACUUUUAUGAUGCGAUGCUUGUUUGUCUUUGGGAAAUGGAAACGCAGGCAAAGAUUGAGCUGCUGAAGAAGCAGAGAAGGCAGGAACGCAGCAGGAACCGCCGGUCGGGCUCCGUCUCCAGCACAGCUGCAGCGCAUGCGAGUGGCAGACUCUCUGCAGCGGUUGUUUCCUAUAAAGGAGGGCAUGUCCUCCCCCUGCAAGGAACGGCUGCAGGUGGAACCUCCGGAGAGGGGCUCAAAGGGCCCCGAAAGCCCAGGCAGUCGAUCGUUCUCAGCUUAGUCCGCGAGAUUCGCCUGAUUGGGGAAAGGGAGUGGGUUGUUAAGUGGGUUAAGGAGAGGCUACAACGACAGAGAGGCAAGAAACUGAGCAAGGGCCCCCCUGGAGCGCUGCUGAAUGGCGUGCUCCCCGAAGCUCGUGUAGUUCGUUCUUUAGCUGAGGCUUCUCCUUCCAGCGGAACCACAUCUCCGACACAGGAGCAUGGAGAGCGGAGGCAGACUGAAGGCCGUCAAAUGGCUCGCAAACCUCCGGGGAUUCCUGUGGUUCCAGAUAUCGUAGAGUCAGCUAUUUUGUCUGCCCAGCUGUCCCCCAGGGGCAGAGAGGUGCAAUCGCAGGCCCUUUUUGGAUGA